GGAGUAUCGCCAUGUUACUCCCAUCUGCCUUCUCCUGCGAUGGGGGACAAUUAAAAAUUCCCGACUCGAGACCUCCUCAGCGGCCCAAGUUACCAUCUUUCGCCGCAUACCAACCAUUAUUGCUCGCGCCAUCCACGCAAUCGCGCCCGAGCCCGCUGUCCUCAAGCUGUCGCGCGCUACACGCCAUCCUAGGCGCACCGGCGGCAAUAGAACGAUCGAUACCCAGUCCUCCGCGUCAACGACAAGACCCUUUCAAAAACCCUCAGACGGCUUUAGGCUCGAAACAGAUACCACCGCCGACACCUUGCCGAGGCGCAAACAAAAGAAGGCGAAGCGAUUUCGAGGCCGAUCUCGCCCCGUCAGAUACCAUCAUGCAAGAUUGCCCACAGACGCCCCAGCCCGUCCGGACUCCCAAGAGGCGAAGGAAGGUGCCUUUAUAUAUGCCAAUGGGUCUGUCGGCCGAAGACUUCCACGCUCUCGAGACACCGCCCGAGGAGACCGUGGAACCCGACCUUGAUAUGCCCAUCAUCAGUCCAUUCGCAAGCAAUAACAAUUCAGACCGUGAUUCCGCGUAUGGGUCAUCACCUUCAAUAGACGAUCCGGAUUGGACCAUUGACGACGACAGAUUGCUCGUCGAGACGGUGCUCGAAAAACUCAAACUCUCCAAACGCGACUGGAACGAGUGUGCAAGGAAACUGGGGAAAGACAAGGAUAGCCUGGGCAGGCGAUGGAGUCUCCUCGUAGGAGAAGGCAAUGUCGGCCUCAGGAGAGGACGCAGGAUCUCCAGAACAGAUUUGGAUAUUGCAUCUUGGUAGCACCUUGCUUACCAUACUUCGUCAUUUGUAUGAAUACAUUCGAUUUUGGCUAGCUCC